UAGAAGGGAUAAGGGCAGGAAGAGCAGGAUAAGGUUUUGAUGCCCCGCCUUUCAGUUUCCCUCUCACUUGCAAGCUGUUUUGGGAGCCAUACCUGCAGCUCUCAAGUCUCAACUCUCCGCCUCUCCCACGCUCACCGCCACCGCCCGCGGCUCUCAGUCUUAGACGACGUUCAUCGCCGGUGACCUGGAUUCUCCGUCCAGUUUAGGAACCAUUCAGGGAUGGGGUGAUGCAGAAACUCUUAUAACUUGUGCUUGACUACUACUGUGCUUCACAUAUCCAUUCAGCAUGGCUCCUUCAAUUCCAACCUCAUUUAACCACACUUCACUAAUUCCAGGAAAUAUCUUCACAGCUAGAAAGAAUAAACUUCUGACUAGAUGUGCCAUUUAUCAGAAAUCUGGCAGACAAACAUUUUCUGCCACACCUUUCUCAACGUCUCUUAGACUGUUUCCCCAUCUCGGAAUUGCCUUUGAUGCAAAUUCUAAACCAAGAAACCCCAUAUUGUCAUCAGCUAAGACUGAUGUAAUAGUAGAAGAGGCAGAUUCACCCACAGUAGGUAACAUCUCUAUUGAAGCUUCAGAAAUUUCAGCUGAUGCUGGAAAAGUGUCAUCAGCUAAGACUGAUGUUAUAGUAGAAGAGGAAGAUUCACCCACAGUAGGUAACAUCUUUAAGGAAGCUUCAGAAAGUUCACCCAAUACUGGAAAGCAGAGCGAAAGAACCACUGUCAAAUCAAAUUCCAGUCCAAACCGUGCUUCUUCAAAACGCUCAAGGUUUGCCAGAAAGAGUGAAAUGCCUCCUGUUAAGAACGAAGAUCUGAUUCCAGGUGCAACUUUCACCGGAAAGGUCAAAUCAAUACAGCCUUUUGGAGCUUUUGUUGAUUUUGGAGCUUUCACAGAUGGACUGGUUCACAUUUCAAAUUUGAGCGAUGCGUUCGUUAAAGAUAUUGGAAGUGUCGUUUCUGUUGGACAAGAAGUAAAAGUGAGACUACUUGACACUAAUAUGGAAUCAGGAAGGAUAUCGCUGACCAUGCGUGAAGAUUUUGAGGCCAGUAAGCCAGAGCAGCCAAAAGAUGCUCCUGUAAACAACGAUAAAUCUCGAACACCAAAGAGGUCCCCUCUAACAAGCACCCAAAUAAGAGAGGAGGUCAAGAAGGCUUCAAGAUUUGUGAAGGGGCAGGAUCUUGAAGGAAUAGUAAAGAAAUUAACAAGGUCUGGUGCUUUCAUAUCUCUUCCUGAAGGGGAAGAUGGCUUCUUGCCAAGAUUAGAGAUGGAUGAUGAAGGGUUAGGGCACAUCAUGGGGGGAUCUUCACUGCAAGUAGGUCAGGGAGUUAGUGUCCGUGUUUUGCGAAUCACUAGAGGACAAGUAACUUUGACCACAAAGAAAGAAUCAGCCUGGGAGUUGGAUGCUAAAGGCCAAGGCAUUAUUCACACAGCAACCAAUCCCUUUGCUUUAGCAUUCCGCAAAAAUAAAGAAAUAUCUAAAUUUUUAGAACAGAGGGAGGAAGAACUAGCUAAGAAGUCAUUUAAUGAUGAUAACAAAGCCCAAACCAGUGCAAGUAUGGUGAAUGAUACAUUAUCUGAGACAUCGGAAAAAGACACACCUUGUAGUGCAAGUCAAAGCAUUAGCAUUAUGAUUGAUGAAUUGGAAACACCUUCUGAAACAUUGGAGGCUACAACAAACAUGACCACCAUAGAUCAGGCAAGUGUAGAGCCUUCUGCCACUGAGGAUGAAUUUGAAGCAUCUUCUGAAACAUUGGAGGCUACAGCAAACAGCACCACCACAGAUCAGCCAAGUGUAGAGCCUGCUGCCACUAAGGAUGAGUUGUUGUCUAAAACUGUAAUGGAUCAAUGUAGUGAAGAGCCAUUUGCAUCUAAUGUUUUGGAAACCACUGCCAAACCUGAUUUAUCUCAGGAAAUAACUAACAAAAGUUUUUCAUCCAAAAGUUCAGAAAAGGUUCAUAAUGAGCAUGAUCAUAAUGUGAAUGAUGAAGCCCAAACUCAAAGAUGUCAUUCCGGGGAACUCUCUCCCACCCAAGGUGAAGAGGAACCUAGUGGCAUUGAUUUCCAGGAAAACAACAGUACUCUGAGGAUGUGUGAACAAAGUGUGGUUUCUCAAAACAUAAAUUGUGUGGCUGAAGAUCCUCAGACAGAUGGAGAAGUCCUAAUGGGAAAUAAAGUUGAUGCAGAUGAAAUGCAGAACGAAACUCACACAUUACCAAGUGGGGUAUCGUCAACCACAGCACCUGUGAAGCAGAUGCGUGAAGAGACAGGAGCUGGAAUUAUGGACUGCAAGCAAGCUCUCUCUGCAACAGACGGUGACAUUGUUAAAGGAUUGGAGCAUCUUAGAAAUAAAGGGCUCGCUACUGCAGAUAAAAAAGCCAGUAGGGCCACGGCUGAAGGAAGAAUUGGCUCUUACGUUCAUGAUGGUAGGAUAGGUGUGCUUGUAGAGGUGAAUUGUGAGACAGAGUUUGUAUCCAGAGGAGACAUAUUUAGGGAAUUGGUUGAUGACUUAGCCAUGCAAGUUGCUGCAUGCCCUCAAGUGCAGUAUCUUUCCACGGAGGACGUUCCAGAAGAGGUUGUCAACAAGGAAAGAGAUAUAGAGAUGCAGAAGGAAGAUUUGUUGUCAAAACCGGAGCAGAUUAGAUCCAAGAUUGUUGAUGGGAGGAUUAAGAAGAGGCUUGCGGAAUAUGCACUGCUGGAACAGCCAUAUAUCAAGAACGAUAAGGUUGUUGUCAAGGAUUGGGUCAAUCACACCAUUGCGACAUUGGGAGAGAACAUUAAAAUGAAGAGAUUUGUGAGGUACAAUCUCGGGGAAGGUUUAGAGAAAAAAAAUUAUGAUUUUGCGGCAGAGGUUGCUGCACAGACUGCAGGUAAGAGUGUGCCACCACCAGCUAAGCAGCAGCCAGUGUCAGCUGGAGCUGAUGAACCUGUUGAGGCUCCCAAGAAAGCAGUCUCUGCUGCUUUGGUAAAACAGCUCCGCGAAGAAACUGGAGCCGGCAUGAUGGACUGCAAGAAAGCGCUGUCUGAAACUGGGGGAGACCUAGAAAAGGCACAAGACCAUCUCAGGAAGAGAGGCCUGUGGAGUGCCGACAAGAAGUCCAGCCGGCUUGCAGCUGAGGGGAGGAUAGGGUCCCACACCCACGACUCCCGCGUAGGUGUCCUGAUUGAAGUCAACUGUGAGACUGACUUUGUGGGGAGGAGCGAGAGGUUCAAGGAACUGGUCGCUGAUCUGGCAAUGCAAGUCGUGGCUUGCCCCAAGGUACAGUAUGUAAGUACUGAAGAUGUUCCAGAGGGAAUGGUGGAGGAGGAGAAGAGGGCUGGGGAGCUUAGUCUCCUGGAGCAGCCAUUCAUCAAGGAUGAGAGUGUUUUGGUUAGAGAUUUUGUGAAGCAAACUGUUGCUGCUCUUGGGGAGAACAUAAAAGUGAGGAGGUUCGUUCGGUUCGCGCUUGGCGAGUAGGAAAAAAUGCGACGAGGAAGAAAUUUCCUUCUCUAUGAAUAUAUAUACAUAUACUUUUGAGAUAAGGCUUGGUUGAAGGUUGUUGUUGUUGUACUAGCCAUCCCUUUGAAAAUGGAAAAUGAACUACUCUCUCACCCAAUUUAUCUUGCAUGUUUUUAUUUUUGAUUUGUACCAAUUUUUCUCUGUUUUUUUUAUUUGUAGGAUUUUACUGGUUUUGUUGCACUUUGAUCCGGUACAAAAAAUUUAAAAUGAAAUUUUUUUUGUUGG